AUGGAUACAAUUCGAUUAUUUCUUCGUUCAAAUACUUUUCGAAAUUGUCAAACGAAAACUGAUUUAAAUAGUGAUUUAUUAACAAUAAAAUCCAAUAUAAUCAAUAUAGAAAAAGAUAAUAUCUUAAAUGAAAAUGAAAAAAAUUCAUCAAGUGAAAAAAUAUCUGGUGAUAAUGUUAAAUCAAAUAUUUCAAUAGAUUCAUCAUCAAAUUCGUUAUGUUCAAAUUCUGACAUAAUUUCAUCAAAUCGAUCAUUAGAUAAUAUUAUAUAUGAGAAUAUUAUUGAAAAUGCAUCAACAUCAAAUGUACGUUCAUUUACAUAUAAUAAUUACUCAAACGAGCAUGAUCAUAAAAAGAAACAAAGACAUUCAUCAACUCUUCAACAAAAUCUUAAUGAUUUAUCAUUAUUAUCAUUUACAAUGAGACGAACAAAAUCUUUCCGUUAUUCGAAUCGAAUAAGAAAAUCUUCAAUUAUUCAUAAAUAUUCAAGUGAAAAAAUGAGACGUCGAAUAAUUCAAGUAAAUCGUUCAAGAAAAUCUGUCAGCUUUCCACUAUCAACUAACAUAAACAAUCAAUUUAAUUGUAUCGCUUCAACAGAAAUACGACGAGUAAAAUCAACAGCUCCAAAUGCUUUUCUAACAGCAGCUUCGAUACUCAAAUAUUGGGUAGAUUUUUUACUGCUAAUUUUCAAUUUACCAAAUGAUGAACGAUUAAUUGUUGAUUAUUCAUGUGCAUGGCAAAAAGAAAUUUUAAUUCAAGGUCGAAUGUAUAUAUCACAAAAUUAUUUAUGUUUUUAUGCCAAUUUUCUUAAAUGGGAAACAAGUUUAUGUUUAAAAUUUAAAGAUAUUGUUGGAAUCACAAGAGAAAAAACAGCUAAAGUUAUUCCAAAUGCACUUGAAAUUCGAUCAAAUAAAAAUGAUAAAUAUUUUUUUGCAAGUUUUGCAACACGUGAUAAAACGUACGCUAUGAUUUUUCGAAUAUGGCAAACCGUUUUAAUUGAUCAACCAAUAUCUUCUCAACAAUUAUGGAAUAUGAUUCAUCAAUGUUACGGAAAUGAUUUAGACAUGACAACUGAUGAAGAAGAUAAUUAUAAUAAACAAGAAAAUAGUUCUACAUCUGACAAAAAUUCUCCAAACCAACAAACGAAAAAUGAAACAAAUGAUAAACAUUGUGCUGUAACACCAAAUUCAGUUUGUUCAAAAUCUAGUGAAAAAGAAGAAAUCGACGAUCAUUCGAGUAUAUCAUCUUGUGGUGGACGUCAAAUAGAUGAUGAUAAUUAUAAUGAUGAUUAUAAUAUAAGUAUAAUACCUAUUAAUGAACAAGCAAAUAGAAAUACACUUAUUCGUCAAACAAAUUUAGAUAUAAAUAAACAAGAUAAUUCUUUUAUAGCAAUGCCAAUCAUUCAAGGUUUCUUUUGUUUUUUAUUUUAUAUUAAAAUAAAUUUAAAAAAAAAAUUUUUAAAUGUAGAAACAACCUAUCUUACAAAAUGUCCAUGCCAAUCCCAUUUAGCUACUCAAUUAAUUGAUCGAACAUAUUCAAUGCCAGUUGAGCGUCUUUUUGAUUAUUUAUUUGGUGAUAAUGAUUUUGUUGUUGCUUAUCAUGCAUCACGUCGUAUUAAAGGUUUUCAUAUGGAGUUUUAUUAUUGUGUGUUUUAUUAUGUUAAUUUAUUUUCUAUAGAUUAUCAUGCAACUGAAUGGAAUCUUAAUGAAAAAACAGAAAAACGAGAGCGUCUAUGUACUUAUAAAGUUGAUGUUGCUGCAGUUUUUGGUGCAACAACAAUUUGUUCGAAUGAAAAACAAGUUAUUCAAUGUGAAUUAUCAAAGUCUCAUUAUAUAGUCGAUACAGAAGUUCGAAAUGAAGGAAUAAAAUAUGCUGAUGCUUUUUUUGUUGCAUCUCGUUAUUGUCUUAUACAAACUGGACCAAAUAAAUCACAUUUAAAAGUAACUUGUGAAGUUAGAUAUAUUAGAAGUUUAAUGAUUAUUAUUAAAUUUAAAUUUGUAUCUGAUAAUAAGAUAAAACGUCAUAUUUUAUCUAUUUAUUCAGCGUUCAUCGAAAAAAAUGCAAUGGCUGCUCUUCAAGAUUCAUAUACAGAUUUGAUAAAACGUAUUGAAGCUGAAUGUUUGAAUCGCCAACGCCGUUCGAGUAUAACAAUGAAUAAUGAAAAAGAUAAAGAAAAUCAAUCGAAAAAGAAACAUUCACAAAAACAACAAUCAACUAAAUUAAAUUCUACAAUCAAUGAUUUUUCAUCAGAUCAACAACGAAAACCAACAACUCACAAUGAAACUAUUCAUCACACUCAAAGUGCAAAGUUAGUUUCGUCUUCAUCGUCGGAUUCUUUAUCUUCGUCAAUAUGGUCAAAGACCCAUAUGUUAAUUCCAUGUUGUAUAAUAAUAAUGUUAAUUCUUGUUAGUCUGAAUAUAUUUUUAUGCAUUAAAUUAAAUGAUAUUGAUCAAAUGACUGAUAAUCUUUCAAAAAAUUCUCCGUCAUGGUUACAUGGAUAUUCGUAUCCAAAAGAAGAAAAUCAAUGGUCUUUAUUAUUAAAAAGACAAGAAGAAUAUUAUCAAGCGAAAUUAACUGGUCUUCGUUCUGUCUUAAUAUCAACUCAUAAUGCAUUAAAAAAUGUUUGUCUCAAUUUCACGUAA